AUGGACGUGGUCGAGGAGAUUAUCGAGGAGCCCACGGCGGCAGCUGGCCAAGAUGAGGAGGCUCAGGAGGUGUUGGAGGAGGAGCCCUUGGAUACGACACAAAGUGGUACCCAUGGCGGCGUGUUGGACGUGCCAGGUCAUGGUCUGGCUCCGUUUGCGCCCGCCGAGCCCGUGCACCCGGAAACCGCCAAGCUGCACUUGGCUAUCGCCAGCGCUUUCAAGGUGUUUGACCAUCAGUCGGACAACUCGAUCGACGUGCGAGAAUUGGGCACCGUGGUUCGCUCAUUGGGUUGUGUGCCCUCUGAAGUCGAGCUGCGUGAAAUCAUACUUGAGUGCGAAGAAGAGGAGCCAACGGGCUUUAUCACAUAUGAACGCUUUGAGCCUGUCAUGACGCGAAUCUUGGAAAAGAAGCAGUUUCAUUGCGAUGAGCUGGAGCGCCUGCGCGAGGCCUUUGCGGUAUUGGGUGGUAGCGAUGAUGGCACCAUUGAUGCUCAGGAAAUCAUCAAGACGCUGACAGAAGAGGGCGAGCCCUUGACGCAGGACGAGAUUGAUGAAUUUAUGGCGGCGGCCAUGGAUCCCAAUACCAAGCAAAUCUUUUUUGAGGAGCAUGCCAUGCUGAUGCACUUGGACCCGCGCCAGUACGGUGCCCUGUACAAUCUCUAAGUCAAAGCGCCGUAGACGGUUGCAAGAUUUAGGUGCUGCUGCGUUCGUGGCCAAUGCACGCUGUGCGUGCCAGUUCUUGUGCGUUUCUGGUGUGAACCCGUCGUUGAAUGUUCAUGUGCAAAGGUUUGUGGUGCCCUUUAACCUGCUGAGAAGCUUGGCUAGCGCCCAAGCUUCGAUGCAACACAUCUGUUUGAGCACGUCCGCAAUUCACUGUCACUGUGAA